UCCACCCACAACCACACACUCCCUCUAUGGAUUAUCCAAGCAGCUUCAUAUUGUUACUAUCCCUCUUUAUAAUAUCUAUCUAUGUUUUCGUUAUCUCCGGCCGUCGUAACUCUCGGCUUCCACCGGGUCCUUACCCUUUUCCGGUAAUCGGGAACCUGUUCCAGCUAAGCAACAAACCUCAUCGUUCACUUGCCGCACUCUCCAAAUGUUAUGGUCCGUUAAUGUCACUUAAGCUUGGAUGUAAAACAACCAUAGUCGUUUCAUCACCUGAUGUUGCUAAAGAGUUAUUUCACACAAAUGACCUCUUGUUUUCUAACCGAUCCAUCCCAGACACUGCCCGGUUAAUGGACCACCAUAAAAUCUCUAUAGCUUGGCUGCCCGCUGGAGAACAAUGGAGAAGACUGCGAAAAAUAACUAGAGAAUUUUUGUUUUCUAGACAAUGUCUAGAUGGUACCCAACAUAUACGUAUGGAAAAGGUGCAAGAACUUCUAGAUCAUGUUAGUCAAUGUUGUAUAAAUGAAAAGGCCGUGAACAUAGGUGCAGCUGCUUUUACAACAUCUAUCAACAGUUUAUCCAACUUGAUCUUCUCUAAGGAUUUAUGUCAAUACGUUUCUACGGAAUCUCAAGAGUUUAAGGACGCGAUUUGGGGUGUGAUGGAAAUUCGUGGGAAGCCGAACUUGGUAGACUUUUUUCCAAUACUUAAACCCUUUGAUCCACAAGGGUUAACACGGCUAGGACAAGUUUAUGCUAAUAAGUUAUUUGGUAUUUUUGAUGAGAUCAUCGAUCAACGGUUGGAAACUAGAACUCGUUCAAGUUCAUCGUCGAAUGAAGCUGUUAAAUCAACAAAAAUAGAUGUUUUGGAUAUGUUGCUCAAUCUUAUCGACUUAAAUGAUGAAUCUAAAUUUAGUCGAAAUGACCUAAGACAUUUAUUGGUGGAUUUAUUUGUCGCUGGAACCGAAACAAUAUCAACCACUUUGGAAUGGGCUAUGACAGAGCUUAUACGUAACCCGAAAAAGACAGAGAGAGCUCGGUUAGAGAUUACAAAACUUAUGCAAGGAAGCAGCAAACUUGUACAAGAAAAGGAUAUCUCUCAACUCCCUUACUUACAAGCAAUAAUAAAAGAAACUCUCCGACUAUAUCCUCCCACUCCCUUUCUUCUCCCUCACGAAGCCAUACAUGACGUAGAAGUUCGAGGUUAUUUUGUGCCUAAAAAUGCACGUAUUCUUUGUAACGUUUGGGCUAUUGGACGAGAUCCAAACAUUUGGUCAGGCCCUGAAAUAUUUAUGCCAGAGAGGUUUUUGGAUGUCGAGAUAGACUAUAGAGGACAAAAUUUCGAGCUCAUUCCAUUUGGCAGCGGGAGGAGAAUGUGUCCAGGAUUGAAUGUUGCUCAUAGGAUGUUACAUUUAAUGUUGGGUUCUUUGAUUCAAAAAUUUGAUUGGAAGCUUGAAGGAAAUAUGAGAGUAGAAGAUAUGGAUAUGGAAGAGAAGUUUGGGCUUACUUGUCCUAGAAACGUACCGUUAAUGGCCGUUCCAAUUAAACUUUAAUUUUCCAAUAAAGUAUUUGCCGGUGACGAUAUUUACGACGUUUGCAAUCUUAUUGAAGUUUAUUACAUGCUACUAUAAUAUACGAGUACUAAUUUUCUUAA